AUGGCGUCUGUCCGCUCUGCUGUCGGCUUAGUAAAGCUACUCUCACUUGGUCCCAAAUCUGUCAGAGCUUCUGCUCAACUUCGUUGCGCAGUAUUUGCAAAGGGUGUGAGAAUAAUCGAUUGCAUAUACCUUCUGAGUCGAGCGGUUCCAUGUCAUGUCGGCGGUGAGUUGAGGGUGCCUGCCAACCAUGACUAA